GAAGUACUAAAGGAUGUAACACCAUCAGUCUUUAGACUGGCAAAUGGAAUAUGGACCAAGAGUAUGGACGCUGAGUAUAAGGAACCAGUUGCCUAUCCUUACUCUGUUACGAAUAUCGCUCAGUAUGCCCCACCACGAUCACUACUGGAGCGCUUUGAGAGACGUAGGAACGAGUUGGACAAGUCACUGCCACUCGGCCGUCGCCUAGAGACCAUCAACUGCUUCUUCCAUCCAACGAGCGAAGCACAUCUAAGGAGAUUGUUGCUGGAUGGCUGGACCAGCUUCAAUGCCGCCGACAUUGUAUUCCACACCAACGCCUGUCGUGCCAUCAAAGAGGGCAACACAGCAUAUCCCAAGCUGGUCAUUGUCCGCCUAUCCCUGGGAAGAGAUGGAGUCGACUACACCAAUGCCAAUGGUCGUUAUCGUGUUCGUGAUCUAAGCAGUGCCAUCACAUCCUUUAUACUUGGUUAUAAAUCUUCAACAAUGCCUAAUGCGCCAUACACUGGUGUGUCGUCCUCGCCGCUGCAGUCCAAGCUACAGGUGCAGAUGCAGCAAAAGCCCAAGCCAUUGCCAACAUUUGUAGUCUCAACCAGUAGUAGUGCAUCCAUUAAUGCCAACGCCAUUGCCAACUCCAAGUUUGAUGCCUCUGGCGCCAUGAAGGGUGACGGAAUGACCUGUCUAUCUUGCCGCUAUGAGAACGCCGGUAACACCAAGUACUGUUGCCGAUGUGGAGGACAUCUUUGA